AUGGUGGAGGACUUAGCAGCCUCCUGUAUUGCUUUGAAGUUCAAGAAUGAAAUUCUGAAGGCCCAAGUGCAGUGGCCAAUGGAACAAAAUGUUGUCCUAUAGGCUCAUAUCCCAGAGCUCCAGAAAGAGCCCCAGAAGCUCCCAGCCUGGGAGCCCCUAGCUUCCCAGGAGCAUCAGAAAACACCAAUGGUCAAAAAGCUCCAGAAGCAUCCAAUGGCCCAGGAGGCCUACAAAGCCCUAGAAGUUAAGAAGGCCCAGGAGCUCCCAGAUACCCGGGAUGUCCCAGUGGCCCAGAAGGCCCAGAAUUCAGAGCACCAAGAUCUUCCAAGUUCCAGGAGCCCCAGGAGGUACCAGGAAACUGCAACGCACCUGGAACCCCUAAUGCUCCAUGAGCCCCUGGAUCCUUUAGAUGCCCAAGAAUUCCUAGAGCCCUCAGCACUCCAGGAGUCCCUAAAGGGUCUAAUAGCUGCUUUGACAUCAGCAGGUUCAGAGUUCCCACAGUCCCCCAGUGAGCUAGAGGCUGAAGGUUUCUCCCUAGAAUACUGUUUAGCCUUCAGUGGAGAUGUCCAGAAGCUUUCUGAGUUCCUGGUUCAAUUGAAUACUUACAUGAGUCACUUACAUGUAGAAGCAGCUGUGAUGAGCUUUGUUGGCAAAUGCUUCUCAGAUGAGGCAGGGAUGUGAUUUCAGCCCUUACUAGAUAUACAAAGCCCCCUGCUGGAGCAAUUUGAAAAUUUCACGGUUCUCCAGGGUACUUUUGACAAUCCAGAAAACAUGGAAUAUGUCAGUCACUGCAUCCAUCAGCUCUGCCAAAGGGAGGAUCCUGCACAUCAGUAUGUGAUCCACUUCCAUCUCAUUGCUCAAGAGCUAAACUGGAAUGAAAGCACUCUCUGCAUACAAUUUCAGGAAGGGCUUGACAGUUCUAUACCAGAUGAACUGUCUCACACAAGCCCAGCCACUGUCCUAUCUAAUCUGACCACUCAAUGCCUAGAAGAUAAGCUAAGCUGUAAACCUGAUCCAAAUCCACAAGGAGCAAGGCACUCUGAGGAAAGACCUGGGCCUGAAAGUUCACUAGCUGAAAACCAGCCUGUGCAAGCUUCAAGCAAUUACCUGCACCUCAGUGAAGCUGAACAGGCCCACUGCUGUGAAGCCCACUUGUGGCUCUGCUGUGGUCAUCCUUGUCAUGUUGCCAGAGAUUGUCCUGUCAAGCUUCAUCAUGCACAGCAGGCAGGAAACAUUUGA